GCCAGCUUGCGUAUACGAACGCGCACUGAACAUAGCACUAACUCGAUUACUACACAAUGGGUAACGCACAAUCUGGACUUCCUCCGGGAAAAGACAAGAAGGACGAUAAGGAUAAAGAUAAGAAGAAGAAGUGGGAACCUCCUGUUCCUACACGAGUAGGCAAAAAGAAGAAGAGAGGACCUGAUGCAACUGCAAAGCUACCAGCAGUCUACCCUACUACAAGAUGCCGCCUGAAGCUUCUCAAAAAUGAACGCAUCAAGGAUUAUCUAUUGAUGGAAGAAGAGUUUGUGCAGAACCAGGAACGAUUAAAGCCUCAGGAUGAAAAGAACGAGGAAGAGCGAACGCGAGUAGACGACUUACGUGGCUCACCCAUGGGCGUUGGAACGUUGGAAGAGAUUAUUGACGAUGAUCACGUUAUCGUUUCUUCUUCAACGGGCCCAGAAUACUACGUUUCCGUCAUGUCAUUUGUCGACAAAGAUCUGUUGGAACCUGGAUGCAGUGUUCUCCUUCACCACAAGGGUAUGGCUGUUGUCGGUGUACUCAGUGAUGACACAGAUCCUAUGGUCAGUGUCAUGAAAUUGGAUAAGGCUCCAACGGAAUCAUAUGCAGAUAUUGGUGGACUGGAACAACAAAUACAAGAAAUCAAAGAGAGUGUAGAACUACCAUUGACUCAUCCAGAAUUAUACGAAGAAAUGGGUAUUAAACCACCCAAGGGUGUCAUUUUGUAUGGUGUACCCGGUACUGGCAAAACACUGCUCGCAAAGGCAGUUGCCAAUCAAACCAGCGCUACUUUCUUGCGCGUGGUUGGUUCUGAGUUGAUUCAAAAAUACCUUGGUGAUGGACCCAAACUUGUUCGAGAACUCUUCCGAGUUGCUGAAGAAAACGCACCUUCCAUUGUUUUCAUUGACGAAAUCGAUGCUGUUGGUACCAAGCGAUAUGAUUCCAACUCUGGAGGUGAAAAGGAAAUUCAAAGAACCAUGUUGGAACUUCUUAAUCAACUCGACGGUUUCGACUCAAGAGGUGAUGUCAAGGUUAUCAUGGCUACAAACAAGAUUGAAUCAUUGGAUCCCGCCUUGAUUCGACCAGGUCGUAUUGAUAGAAAGAUCGAGUUCCCAUUGCCUGACGUAAAGACAAAGCGUAGAAUCUUCAAUAUUCAUACCAGCCGAAUGACGUUGGCAGAUGAUGUGGAUUUGGAAGAAUUCGUCAUGUCUAAGGAUGAUCUUUCUGGUGCUGAUAUCAAAGCCAUUUGCACUGAAGCAGGUUUACUAGCACUCCGAGAGCGACGUAUGAAGGUUGUUGCUGAGGACUUAAGAAAAGCACGUGAGAAGGUUCUAUACAGAAAGAAUGAAGGAACACCCGAAGGUCUUUACUUGUAGACGACGAUGUGAAAUAAAUAUUAAAAAAGGCUUAUAACAAUCAUCACCGGGAAUGCAUUAUUCAGUAUGUUUGUGGCAUGCCGCUACAAAUGAUCGUCUAACACGUAUUCAGUAUAUACACCUACAUCAUGAAUCUUUAGUAUACACCAAAAGAAUGAAAGAUGAGGCUAUCUCUGAAGAUAUAUCUGCCAAUACAAGC